CCUCUGUCAGUCAUGCACAUGCCGUAACACCAACUACACCACACACCCAGUUGUGUUUCCACUGUGUCCUCUCUGUGCUCUGUCAGUCUUGUGAGCACAGACCUCUCCUACCCUUCCUUCGCCUGGAGCAAAGACCUGAACAGAAUCCCAGAGUCGCCGGCUGGUAGAUCAGAAUUUCCUGUGGAUUCAUUGAUUUUUAAAUGUUUGAUUGCAGAUUGUUUUGAUUUUUCGUGAGAGAAACGGUAGCUAUUCUUUAAGUGUGUAUUUGUACCUUAUAGUAGUAAUAGUUGUUAGAAUGGCUCCUGUGAAAGCCUGGGUGGUGGGGCUCCUGUUCAUGCUCCUGUGCCCGUCCCAGCUUGUGCUGAGAGGUGUAGUGGGCGCACAGGAUGCGGCUGAUACUGAUACUGAAGCAAAAUAUGAUGAAGAAGAAGGUGAAGCUGCUGAGAAUGAUGGCGAUGGUGACGAAGAAUCAGAUGAUGGGCAUGAAACAGAUGAACAUGAGGCAGAGGAGGAAAAUGGAGAUACUGAGGAUGAAGAUGAAGAGGAUGAGGAGGAGUUAGGGGUGGAUGAAAGGGAUGAGGAAGAGAGUGAUGCCAAGGAGGAAGAGGAAGGUGAAUCAGAUAAUGAGGAGGAAGAGGAUGCUCAAGAGGAGGAGGAAGAGGAGGGUGAAUCAGACAAUAGAGAGACUGCUCAAGAGGAGGAGGAGGAAGAAAAUGAUGAUUCCGAUGGUGAGCAGGGGGACAAUGAUCAAGAGGGGGAGGGUGAUAAUGACGAUGAAGAGGAGGAAUCUGAUGAUGACGCAGAGGCUGAAGAGCAACAGGAGGAGGAAGAUGAGGAGGACGAGCACGAUGAGCACGAGGAGGGAGCUAAAGAUGAUGAAGAAGCAUCCGAAGGAUAUCUGACCGCUGAGGAAGAGGAGGAUCAAACGUCUGCAGCUGAGGAAGAGGAAGACGACACCAGCGACUCGCUGCACUUCCGGCCCGGCUCCCUGUGCAGCGUUUGCUCCGUCUGCCAGCACUGCUCUCAGGCCUGUGCCAAGUGUCCCUGUGAGGAGGGAGACGGGUCCGAUCACUGUCAACACUGCCAAGGAUGCUCAUCCUGCUUCCUGUGUCCUAUUCUGUGUGACACUGUUUGCACACCAGGUGGACUUGUCGAUGAGCUCAGCGGGUCCAUUUUUCAGAGCGUCGCCGCUCUGCUCUGAGCCAGUCUGCAGCGCUUUGGCGCCCCCUGUGGUCACCGGCGGUACUGUGUUUACGACGGACUCUGCAGCCAAGGAUCCCUCACCAGAACACAUUUUUAUAUGUUCACUAAAUGUUUAGUUUUUGUAAAAAACUAUUUUAACUUCCUACAACAGCUGACUUAAUGUCCGCUUAAGUUAAUUUCAUUCAUGUCAUGUAUUAACACCAGUGUUUGUGGUGGUUAAAACACCAGAAAGGUGACAAUGAGGUGUGUUUUCUCUGUGAUUGUAACAUGUUAUAGUAAAAAUUUACAUGUUC